AUGAUUCGUACAUUAAAACCCCGAGCAUUUGGGCCUCAAACCAGAACAAUCUUCAAGAGAUAUGCUUCUGGAGGGAAAGUCGAAGAGCUUGUUAACUUGAAGCAAUUCAACCAAUACAUUGGAUCCAAAGACAAGGUUUCAGUGAUUGACUUCUAUGCUACAUGGUGUGGACCAUGUAAGAUGUUGGAGCCUAUAUUUGCCACUUUGGCCGACAAGAUCCCCGAGGUUCAGUUCGGAAGAGUUGAUGUUGACAAAGCUCAAGAUGUGGCCAUGGAAUUUGGUGUUAGUGCAAUGCCUACCUGUAUCUUCUUCAAAAGCGGGGAGAAAGUUGAUACCAUUGUUGGAGUGAAUCCGCCCAAGUUACUUGAGUUGAUCCAGAAGCAUGGAGAAGUUGAUCUUAAUGGCAGAUAA